GAACAUGGCGGAGGCGGGAAAAGAGCACGCAGGCCUCGGGCUCCCGGGAGGAGGCUCGGCACAAUGGCCUCUCCAGCGGUAUGGCCGCUUCAUGCCCUCGGGCACUGGAGAGCCGCCUGGGCCUGGCCAGGAAGCUGGGACAGCGUCUUCCCCCACGUGGAAGGUUUUUGACUCCAGUGAAGAAUCUGGGCAUCUUGUUCUCACCAUAGUUAUAUCGGGUCAUUUCUUCAUUUCCCAAGGACAGACACUAUUGGAAGGGUUUUCACUCAUUGCUAGCAAGAACUGGUUGAAGAUUGUAAGACGCAUGGAUUGUCUGUUGUUUGGAACAACGAUAAAGGAUAAGAGUCGUAUGUUCAGGGUACAGUUUAGUGGAAGCUCAAAGGAGCAGGCGCUGGAACACUGCUGCAGCUGCGUGCAGAAGCUGGCCCAGUACAUCACCGUCCAGGUGCCCGACGGAAUCAGCCAGGAGCUCAGGCCGAGUCCUGGCCCACUGUGGGCAGGUGAAAGCCAAGGGAAGGGCUGUGUGCAGGGCAUCCCACCACAGCAUGGCUCACACCAGAACCCAGAGCAGCAACGGUGGGUACCGGCUGGCACAAGAACUCCAGGAGGAAGGACCGCAGUGGCCUGGUUAGCUCAGUCUCUCCUGGCAUCAGAGGAGCUGCCCCUUGUCUAUAAACAAUCUGCAUGGAAUGCAGAGGAGUUAGGCCCCUUUCUACGCUUGUGCCUCAUGGAUCAGAAUUUCCCAGCAUUUGUGGAAGACGUGGAAAAGGAACUAAGAAAGCUGACAGGGCUGAGCAGUUAACAUCCUGUGUACCUAAGGAACUGAGGACCUUCGGAGCAAUGGAAAAAAAUGCUGCCUCCUAAGAUGAGAAAAAAUACUAGAAUAAAGAAUAUUAUUCCAACA